AUGUCGCCGCCAGAAUCAGCGCAGCGGCUGUGGUGGAAGGAGGGCACUGCGUACCAGAUAUACCCGGCCAGCUUCAAAGACUCCAAUGGCGAUGGUUUAGGCGACAUUCCGGGGAUCCCCAGCAAGGUGGACUACCUCAAGGAGCUCGGGGUAGACAUUGUGUGGGUGUCGCCGAUGUUUGAGAGCCCGCAGGUAGACAUGGGCUACGACAUCUCCAACUACGAGGCGGUCUACGCGCCAUACGGCACGCUGGAGGACAUGCAGGCGCUCAUCGACGCGUGCCACGAGCGGGGGAUGAAGCUGAUCCUCGACCUGGUGAUCAACCACACAUCAGCGGAGCAUGCGUGGUUCAAGGAGUCGCGGUCGUCAAAGGACAACCCGAAGCGCGACUGGUACAUAUGGAAGCCAGCUCGCUACGCAGCGGACGGCACACGGCUGCCGCCAACGAACUGGAGGAGCUACUUCAGCGGCGGGACGUGGGAAUGGGACGCGCACACACAGGAGUAUUAUCUGCACUUGUUUGCGAAAGAGAUGCCAGACCUCAACUGGGAAAACGAAGAGACACGCAAGGCGAUCUACGACAGCUCGAUGCGGUUCUGGCUGGACCGAGGCGUGGAUGGGUUCCGAGUCGACUGCGUGAACAUGUACAGCAAGCGAGCAGAGUUCAAGGACGCGCCGGUGGUCAACGCGGACGUAUACGAGCAGCCAGGCUGGUCAGAGUACGCCAACGGGCCUCGGAUGCACGAGUUUCUGCGCGAGAUGAACGAGCAGGUGCUGGGCCGCUACGACGCGAUGACAGUCGGCGAGCUGCCACACACACCGGACCCGAAGCACGUGCUGCAGUACGUCGGCCUGGGCGACCGCCAGCUCAGCAUGGUCUUCCAAUUCGAUAUUGUCGACAUUGGACAGGGUGCCAGCGACAAGUACCGGUUCCAGUCAUGGCGGCUGCCACAGCUCAAGCAAACAGUCGCACGCUGGCAGCAGUUUGUUGAGGGCACCGACGGCUGGACCACAGCCUUUUGCGAGAACCACGACCAGGGCCGAUCAGUCUCGCGUUUCGCCUCGGACGCACCGGCCGACCGUGCACACUCGGCCAAGCUGCUGGCUCUCAUGCUGGCCGCCAUGUCCGGCACGCUCUUCAUCUACCAGGGCCAGGAGAUCGGCAUGAUCAACGUGCCGGCUAACUGGCCCAUCGACGAAUAUCGCGACAUCGAGACGGUCAACUUCUUCCGCACCGCUUCUGCUGCUGCCGAGGCCACGCUGUCCGGUGAUCCGGCCGCUCUCCAGGCCGAAAUCGACUACGUCCGUCGCAGCAUCCAGAUCCUCGGCCGCGACAAUGCCCGCACGCCCAUGGAGUGGGACGCGUCCAGCCCGGCCGCCGGCUUCACUGACCGUCCUGCUGGCGGCUGGAUGCGCGUGCACGACCUCUACCCUGAGAUCAACGUCGCCCGCCAGCAGCAGGAGCCCGACUCUGUCCUCGCCUUCGGGAAGGCCGUCCUGCGGCUGCGCAAACAACAUGCCGACCUCUUCAUCUAUGGCGACUUCCGUCUCUUCGACCCCGACACCAACGAUACCUUUGUCUUUGCCAAGACGGCCACCACCACCACUGCUGCUGCUGCUAACCUCCUCAACUUCUCUGCCACCGAUCAGACGGUCGACCUGCCCGCUGUGGGCGGCUCCCUCCAAUUCCUGAUGGGCAACUAUGCCGACGCUGUCGAGGUGGACGAGGCGCAGCAGGCCGCGCAACCUCUAGGCCGUCCGCGCACCCUCCGUCCCCUGGGAGGGCCGGCUGUAUCUCGGCUGAUCGUCCGAGUCUAUCCGGUCAGGCAGCACGUCGUGGCCGCACGGCACAAAACAGGAGACACUACCACGUACAAUGGCUGCCUGCAUGCGACCACAAGAUAA